AUGGAAGAAGAAUCCUCUCUUGCAAGAAAACAUUUCAAAGAUUAUAGAGAGUUUGAGGAGAGAUAUUUGUCGCAUGUGUUCAGUCAUUCGAGAAGUCUAAGGUUUGAUACCGAUUGUAGCAUCAUUGGAAAAUUCAGUGCUGUGAAUUUCAUUCUCUAUAACAAUAACACUUUCAAUGAAGGAUUCUUCCAACGGUUGUUUAUCAUGUCCAUGAAAGAGUACUUUGUUGACAAUAAUCUUGCUCAAGAGCUUAACAAAUCUAUUGAUUCGUAUGGCGAAUAUUAUCAGACCAAAAUGUUGCUUUUUGGAACAUUGUUCAUCCAAAUGAGUUAA